AUGACCCAUACUGCUUUAAGCUCUGCUCAGGUUGUUUUAGCUUCGUCCGGUGACGAAAACCAUCCGCCGGAGAACAUUUCUGAUGGAAAUACAGAAACGUUUUGGAUAUCUACGGGCAUGUUUCCACAGGAGUUCAUCAUGCGCUUCCCAGAAGAAGUGACAAUUUCGGCUUUAACAAUGCACAGUUACAAUGUUAAAAGUUGUAGAAUAGAGAGAAGUACCUCUGAAGAGGCUGAGAAGUUUGAAGCAGUUGAGGAAAAAGAGUUUGAACACACGGAUGGACAUCUACAGACAAAUGACAUUUCCGUCCCUGGAAUCAGUGCAACGCAUUUACGUUUUGUAAUCCUAUCAGGAUAUGAUCAUUUUGUAUCCAUACACAAAGUGAGUGUGCAGUGA